GCUCAGUACAUGCAUGCACGCCAACUACACAGCAGUGCCGAUCGUACGGCGUCUCGCGGUUGACCAUCCCCACAGGCGACGUCGUUACUGUCGUCGUCGUCCGCCGCCACCACUGUCGCCGCCGCCGCUGCGAAAGUUGCGGGACCCCAACUGUGGCACGCUCGUGCCUAUUAUUUCGUUUCUGUUAUUUAAAUAAAAUGAAGAUUCAAAAAUCGGAUAGCAUGAUUCGAACAAGUUUACUGACUGUUCAAAUGAUAAUCAUCGCUUUCAAUUUGGUCCUGAUUGCGGUAGUGAUCAACAAAAGAAAAUGCAAGACAAUUUCAAUGAGUAUGUGGACAUUAAUGGUAGCUAUGAUAAUCGGCUCCAUAAUAUUGGAUAUGGAAGUACUCCUUCAGUACUUUACACCAACAUUACCAUUAUGCCUUUUAGGUCCUUGGUUCCGAGAAUUGGGAUUUGUGAUAUUCUACGGUGCAAUCGAUCUGAAACUGUAUAGAAUUCUGAUGCAGUUUCGUACUAGAAAAGCACAUUGUUGGACAAUUACUGACAAAGAUCUACUGAAAUAUUUAUUGUUCGGUGUUGUUGUGGUGAUUGUUUACCUCACUGCCUGGACUGCAGUUAGUCUUAACUUCUUUAAUGAAGGAUGGAUGCUCGUGAACCAUGUGAAAGUCGAAGAUGGUUUUUUAUACACUAUGUGCAAACCUCAGUGGUGGAAUCACGUUACAGAAUUUGGUGAAUUAUUAAUUUUAACCGUGGGUUUAUACUAUGGAAAUUCGGCACGUAAUGCUCGUGUGCAGUUUGAAGAGCGGCGUUUUCUCUUUUAUGCAAUUAUAGCGGAAUUAACGUUUAGUACUCUCCAUAAUACCAUUCGUACAGUCUAUCCCAUACCAUUCCACCAGGAUGUGACAUUCAUAGCCGCCUUUACACGCAGCCUGUUGACAAAUACUCUCGCACUUGUAAUCAUAUUUGCACCGAAGAUAUGGUAUCAAAAAAAAGUGAACGCUGAACUCAAACAUUCAGCAAUAAAUCAAGAACUUUCUGAAUCAUUAAAAGCUGACAUGGUUGAUAAAGACUUCAGAGAAAUGAAUAUAUCGGAGAUGACUUCGGAUGAAAUAAGGGAAGAACUCAGCCGUGUCUAUGUACAAAUGGGAAUAUUACGAGAUAAAACUGUAUGUAAGAAAAACCCUCAUAUAUCUAAACGAAAAGGUGGAAAGAAAUUGCCACAUAGACGAUUUUCAUUACAGAAGAAAGGAAGCAGAGACAAGUCAUCCAUUAAAAUUCGAAAAAAAAAUAAAGAACUAGAUUCAUCAGAAAUAAGUGAAACCAAUGAGACAAAUGAAAUAUCCAAAUCACCAGAAGACUCUGUAGUCAGCAAUGAAGAUGCUCCUGCAGUUGGGAGUGGAAAUGGAAGUGGUAUUUGUAGUUGUCAUUCAACGACGGGAAUACAUCAGACUACUUGCAACGAAUUUAAUGACGGCAAUGAUAACAGCUAUGGCGAAGGACCAUCGUGUUCAAAAUUCAACGUGAUGACUUGAUGGCUUUGGUUUAGAGAAACCGCAAUUUCCAUAAAAUAAGUUAGUAAGAGUUGGAUAUUAUGUAACUAUGAAGACCAACGGCAGUUUUAGAGAUGUAUACCUAUUUUAAACAAAUGCAGUAGAUUAAACAAAUUCCUACUUUGAUUAUUGAUGACAUUUCGCUAAAUAGAUUAAUUUUGAUUGAGAUAAAAAACCACUAUAAAAAGAAAAAUUACUCUUUUUGGUACUAAUUGAAUCAAAUUGAUGUUAAAAAUCAUGGUACGGAAAUUGCUUAUAGAAAGUACGUCUUACUUGCAUUUGUUGAAUUUCAAAUGCGCAACAGUCUAAGAUAAACAGAUUUUAUCUUUGCUUUUAUUAUCAAACCUAAAGGUAGCAACAUGGUUUGUGGUUAAUUGUAAGUGGUUUUUUUCGAUGUUUAAAUUUUUAAUAUAGUUGUUUGAUUGUAAAAUAUUAAAAUUUAAAAAUUCUCAUAACUAGCUUCAAAAUAAAAACAUUGAAAAAUUCCCCUGUCAAACAACUGAUAAUAUUGUUACUUUUAGUUUUAUUAUUAGAUUGAUUAACUGUAAUAUUAAAAUCAAUGCAACUAAAAGCUAAACAUUGACACUUAAGUUUAAUCUUUUCAUGUUCUGUAUUUAUAAGAUGGAAAUAAUAAAUACAGGCGAGACGUCUUCUUAAGAACAAAAUAAUUUUAAAAUGGAUAUGAGUGACAUACAUUCACGUAAAAUUCAUGAUUAUUCAAGUUAGAAAUUUUUAAAAGAUAUUAAUUUAAAUUAAUAAAAAAAACCUAAAUCAUUUGUUGAGAAAUUAAUUAAUUGUUUUAAUAAAUUUGCAUCCUGAAUUUAGUGUGACAUAUUAAGCGUUACACUACUAAUGCUAAUUAAAAAAAAAAACAAUUGUUAUAUAAUUGUACCAAGUUAAUUGAUUUUAAGGAGCUAUUUAUCGCAAUAAUAAUUUUAUCAACAAUAUUGUAUCGACUAAAAAUUUACAAUUCGUAUACAAAUACCUAUUUGUCGAAUUACCAAUGUUCUACAGACAUUGAAAUAAAAGUAAAAUUACAAUUAAUUCUCAUUAUAACUUAAGUUGUUAAAUUUUAAGGUAAUUUAUUAUUUAAAUAACCAAAUACAAAGGAUGAUUAAAAAUUAUCAACUAUAAUAUAUUAUUUCAAAUUGAAAUAAUAAGUUGUUUAACAUGAUUUUUAUAAAAGAAACUAAUGACGAAUAUAAUUUAUUAUUUGUUACAAAUUUUGAAUACGUUGUUACACCCUAGAAAAGAAAUUUAUCUAGUCAUGUAGGUAUAGUUAACUAACGAAUUUUAAUAUUUUGUUGUUUACAUAAAAGUUAGUAUUAAAAUUAUCUAAAAAAUAACUACUUACCUAAAUUUUAUCUAAUAAAAUAAAUAUUGUUUAAGACAUCAAAAGUUUACUGCGAUAAAAAAAAAAAUAAAUAAAAACCGAGAACAGAAAAAUUCUGAUCCAUAACUUAUUGACUUAUCGUAUAGGUGAUUUUUUUGAUAGGUAAUAUAUCUUUAUGCUCAAUACUUGUAUUUUUAUUUUUAUAUAAUUUUUCUUGGUCAUGUUGAAAUUGAAUCACUAGUUUUGUUUUAAUUUUUUUUUUAAGAACUAGACAAUACAUAUUUUUAGCUGUAUCUGCUUCAUGAAUGUGCUAACUGAUUGUCAUUUAAACUCAAGACUGGUUGGCAUCGGUUGAAAUAGUGUUACAACCACUUUUGUUUGAAUAUACCUAAUGAUUUUAACAAUCUAUUUUAAAGUUUUAUUAUGAAAUGCUAUUUCUGUUAAGAAACUUCAACUAAUAAUUCUUUACUUACAUAAUAUUAUAAUUUUUUAUUAUAAAUUAUCCAUGUCUAAUAUGAGAUAUUAAUUAAUAUCACUAAUAGCACAUUUUAAAUUAAUCUCAAAGGUACUAUUAUAAUGAUACUGAUGUGUAACACGUCAGGAAAUCUGAUAUAAUAACCAGUUGGAAUAUUAUCUAUUUAUUAGAAGGUAUUGUAUAGUUUAUCAAAGAAUAUUAUAUUGGGAAUGAUAAUCACAGUAAAAUUUUUUUGUUCUUAAUCAAAAAUUAUUAUUCAUUUCUUAAGAAUCAAAAUAAAAAAAUAUUAAUUUAAAUAUGGUAAGCAGUUACCUGAUGAAAAAUUUAGGCCACAUUAGGAUUACGUGAGAUCUUUUUCACUAUAAUAACGAUUAAGUAUACUUACUCUAACUUUGUGAAACAUUUUAUGUUUUGACAAUGUCCACAAUCGUUCAAAAUUGUAAAAUAACUUAUUUUAACUUCAAAAUGGAUUUUAUUAAUACAUUAGAGUUUUCAUUUUUGAAAAUAAUGUGUCAUUUUUAAUAUUAACAUAAUAGUUAACUGAAAAAUUACAUGUUAGAUAGUAUUACACGUACGAUAUAAGCUUUACAUAAUAUUAUUGAUACCUAUUUAUUUAUUAUGACUUUUAAGCAUGAUUCAUUCAAUAUAAUAUAAUAAACCGUUAGGUUAGAUUAAGUUUUAUAUACGUUUUAUAGUGUCUGAAUUUUGAAAUAUAUAUAAAAAAAUACUGAUUAAGAAUUUGUCAAUUAUUUUCAUAUUUUCUUAUUAAUUUUAUAUUAUUACCUGGUUUCAUUUUUUGAUUAAAGUUAAUUUCUACCAAUUUUUAUGAUUACAAAUUUUUUUCAUUAACAUUUUAAUAUUUAAUCUUUGAUUAAGACAAACUACUUUUUAAUUUGCUUAAAUUGUAGUUGAGAGAAAAGUGUUCCACAAAAACUUAAUUUUAGACAUAAUAUUUUAUAAAAACUAAAUUUAUUUUAAAGCAUCCAGUUUUGUUUUUUUGUUUCUUCUUAAGAGGAAGCCCGCAUGUACCUAUUGUCUCUGUCUUAAAUACACACAAAUAGCAAAUUUUCGUUCGGAGGGAUCAAUUUUAUGCUACUGGCUUUAAUAUCAGAGUCAAUUUAACCAUUUUAAACAUUAAAGGUAAUCAUAUUAUCCAGAAUUAUUAACCAAACCAAUAAGUAAUCAGAUGAGUAUAGCUCUUUUACCUAUAGGUGCCUACUUUUAAACCACCUUUUUAAAGGUUACCUAAA